AUGCGGACAGCUGCAGUAAUUGGGGCAAUCCUGCUUGCCCCUGCAUCCUUCGCUGCACCGCAGACCACAAGUGAAGAGUACCUCGACUACUCAGUCCUCAAUACCACGCCAGCUAGCUCGAACGUGCUACAGGCGGACAUACUAGCCGCCGCUGCUGCAAUUAACCAGCAAAUCUACCAGUCUAUCACUAACCCUACGCAAUGGAAGAAGUGCAACCGCAACAACGCCAUAUACCGCCGCGAGUGGGCCGCUUUCUCUACCUCCGAGAAGAAGGACUACAUCAAGGCAGUGCAGUGCAUGUCCAAGCUGCCCCCGAAGACGCCUAAAGACAAGUGCCCAGGGUGCCAGAACCGGUACGACAUUCAUAAUACGGGUAAUUUCUUAGCUUGGCAUCGCUACUUUACGUGGGCCUACGAGCAGACACUCCGCAAAGAGUGUGGCUACAAGGGCUACCAGCCCUACUACAACUGGCCUCGCUGGGCCAGCAACCCCGCAGCAUCUCCUGCUCUCGAUGGCUCCGCAACCUCCAUGGGCGGCAAUGGCCUCGGAGGGGACCGCUGCACGAACCAGACCUUCUACGGUAUCCCUACACAGGCCCAACCUCUGAUCUCAAUCCCUCACGGUGCCGGAGGAGGCUGCGUAAAUUCAGGCCCCUUCAGCGACUGGAAGGUCAAUCUAGGCCCCGUCUUCACCGACGUGACCUGCACGCCUUCCAACCCUGAGCAAGACUUCACCAACGGACUCAUGGGUCUCGGCAGGAACACACGCUGCUUAAGGCGUGACAUCUCGGCGUGGACUUCGAGCCAGUGGACGAAUGACCAGCAGGUGACUAAGUUGCUCAAGAGCAGGGAUAUGAAGACCUUCUGGUACGACAUGCAAGGCGGCGAGAACGCUUUCUCGAACAACUUCAUGGGCGUGCACACUGCGGGUCACUUCACCAUCGGCGGCGACCCAGGAUCAGACUUUGUGUCAUCGCCCGGUGAUCCUUGGUUCUUCUUCCACCACGGCCAGAUCGACCGUGUUUGGUGGACGUGGCAGAAUCUCGACCCGAAGCACCGCGUCAACGCCAUCUACGGCACCAUCUUCCUUGCCAACACAACCGCGCCUAAUGCUACGCUUGAGGACAGCAUGAAUCUGGGGUAUGCGUACCCGGGAACUAUCACUAUUCGGGACGCUAUGAGCACGUUGGCAGGCCCGUUUUGUUACUCGUACAUAUAG